AUGAACUCCUCUUCGUUUUCGAGCUUCCGCGCCUACCUCCGCGCCCUCUCUCACACUCCCACGCGCCUCGCUCGACGCGCCCUCUCCGUUUCCACCUCCUACGACGAGAUGAGCCAGGUCCGCGCCCGCUCCGGCACCAGCAUGCGCAAGACCCUCCGCUGGUACGACCUCGUCUCCCUCGGCAUCGGCGGAAUGGUUGGCGCCGGCGUAUUCGUCACCACCGGCCACGCCACCCGCCUCUACGCCGGCCCCGCCGUCCUCCUCUCCUACGCCAUUGCCGGCUUCUGCGCCCUCCUCUCCGCCUUCUGCUACACCGAGUUCGCCGUCGACAUGCCCGUCGCCGGCGGCGCCUUCAGCUACCUCCGCGUCACCUUCGGUGAAUUCGCAGCUUUUAUGACCGGCGCGAAUCUCGUGGUGGACUACGUGCUGUCCAAUGCCGCCGUUGCCCGAGGCUUCACGGCAUACCUCGGCACCGCAAUCGGAAUCUCCUCCGCGAAAUGGCGGCUCACUGUUCCGUCUCUUCCCCACGGCUUCAACGAAAUAGACGUCGUCGCUGUCGCCGUCGUUUUGCUCAUCACUCUCGUCAUCUGCUACAGCACGAGAGAGAGUUCGGUGAUGAACAUGAUCCUCACGGCGCUGCACAUAUUGUUCAUAGCGUUCGUGAUAAUGGUAGGGUUCUGGAAAGGGAGUUGGAAGAAUUUCACCGAACCCGCUAACCCGCAAAACCCCGGCGGAUUCUUCCCGCACGGCGCUGCCGGCGUGUUCAAAGGUGCCGCCGCCGUUUACUUGAGUUACAUCGGUUACGACGCCGUUUCGACCAUGGCAGAGGAAGUGAGGGACCCGGUGAGGGAUAUUCCGGUUGGUGUGUCUGGUUCCGUCGUUAUCGUUACGGUUCUCUAUUGUCUCAUGGCCGCAUCGAUGACCAAACUUCUCCCUUACGAUAUGAUCAAUGCAGAAGCGCCGUUUUCGGCGGCGUUCAGUGGGAAAUCGGACGGUUGGGGAUGGGUGUCUCGAGUGAUAGGAGUGGGGGCCAGCUUCGGGAUACUGACGUCGCUGUUGGUGGCGAUGUUGGGUCAGGCUCGUUACAUGUGCGUCAUCGGUCGCUCUAAUGUGGUCCCCUCAUGGUUCGCUAGGGUCCACCCCGGGACCUCCACCCCUGUCAACGCCUCUGCUUUUCUUGGGAUCUUCACAGCAGCAAUUGCCCUUUUCACUGAUCUUGAUGUCCUCCUCAAUCUGGUGUCAAUCGGAACCCUCUUUGUCUUUUACAUGGUGGCAAAUGCCGUGAUCUAUAGACGUUAUGUGGCUACGGGGACAAGCAAUCCAUGGCCUACGUUGUCCUUUCUGUGCUCAUUUUCCUUUACCGCAAUCAUGUUCACCCUUAUUUGGAAAUUUGUACCAACAGGAGGGGCGAAGGCAGGGAUGCUGAGUGUCUCUGGUGUUAUUGCGAUUGCAAUAUUACAACUUUUCCAUUGCAUGGUCCCUCAAGUUCGAAAGCCAGAAUUCUGGGGUGUCCCAUUCAUGCCGUGGAUACCCUCCAUAUCAAUCUUUCUGAAUGUGUUUCUGUUGGGAUCACUGGAUGGGCCAUCCUAUAUUCGGUUUGGAUUCUUUUCCGCUGUUGCAGUGCUUUUCUAUGUCUUUUACAGUGUCCAUGCUAGCUUCGAUGCUGAAGGAGAUGGUUCUUUGGCUGAAAAAGUUGGAGGAGAAAUCCACGUGGAAUCUAAGGAAAUUGAGGACCAAAGUUUCAAAGUGUAG